CUGAAUUUCCAUUUAAAUGAUUAUUUUUAGCUGUACUGAUUAUGUCAACAGAAAUACACAUAUUUAUGGGAAUGAGUUAAAAAAAAAUUGUUUGAAAGCUAGGACUUUACAUACAAUAAGUAUAAUGCGCGUAACACGUAAUAUAUAUGUAAGGUUAUGUUUCUAUAUGUGUUACAGCAUAAGUGCUAUGUGUAUCUAAUAUUAAUUAUGUACGUAAAUUGGGAGAUGGAAGCUUGUGUUAAAUCCGAUAGUUUUAUAUAUUCUUUUUUUCAUUAUGUGAUAUGUACAAAUCAGGAAGCUAGUGGUUAUUAAGAAUAUCUCUUAAAACAGGAUAUUCGUUCUACAAUUAUCAUUAAUAAUUAUGUUAUUUAGGUUAUUAUGUUAUGAAACUUAAAAAUUGUUAAAAGGUUGUGUGUUUUUGGUACUGAAUGCAACUGUAAAUACAAUCAAUCAUAUUAUGCAUUGAUUUCCAAUAAAUUAUCCAAAAACAGUAUAUAUCCAGCUACAGUUUGCUAUUGAUAAAAUCUGUAACUUGUGAGUUGUGAGCAUUACAACGAGCAUAACCUUAAAAGUUUUAUUCGCUUAACAUGUGUAUCCUAUAUAAUUGAAGAAGGGUGAUAUCGGUUAACAAAAAGUAUAACAUAAAAAAAUGUCAUUUGAGACCAGUGGAGAUAUUUAUAAGAAAAUGGUUUCCGAAGAGAUCGUACAAAAAUCAUGUACAAUAGAUGAAAGCUCAACAGAGUUUAUGGUUUUAACUAAAUGUGAAAAUAUGGAAGAAACAGUGGUUGUUGAAGAAGAGAUAAUUAUAGAUGAACAAGCAGAUGUGAAACAACAGAUUUUAGAAGAAGAUCUUUGUGAAUCAAAAGAACAAUCUUCUGAAUACUUGAAAGAAGGUAUAGAUACAACAAUGCAGGCCGAGUACACAGAUGAUUCAAUAUCAUUAUCUAUGGACAAUUUAGCUAAGCAAAAGUGGUUUACCAAUAAUACGCAUAAACAAGAUCUAUUGCUAUUAGAAUCGGAAGAAAGCGAAUCUGAAGUAAGUAAUAAAGCAACAAACGACAACGAUGAUCAAGAUGGAGACGAAGAAACAAUAGCUACAUUUGUAACCGCCGCUGGUCAGCAGCUAGCAUUAUAUGCGGUUGAAGAUUCGGAUGAAAUCUUUGCAGUAGCAGUCUACGACGGAUCGGGUGAACCUCCGACGAACUUCCAGUUUCUUAUGAAAGCAGAUGUCGAAAGACUAAUAGGUGAAGGUGCAGUUAGAACUGUAAAAAAACCGACACAAAUAAAAAAACAAUUGUUAACUACUCAACCACCAAUAUUUUUUUCUAAAAGCGAAUCAACAAAUAACAUAGCACUGUAUAAUGAAGAUAAAAAUAUUACAUAUAGAAAUGGUAGAUUACAGGAGAAAGAACGUAUGACGGAAGAAAAUUCUACUGUAAUAGAAGGUUCUGAUUUGAACUUGAAUAUGAAACAGGUUCCUAACAUUAUAUAUGCAGCUCAUGAUAAACAGUCAGAUGUUACAUAUGUAAUGAUGAAUGAUUCUUCCAUAAAUAUGGAUACUUCCGAAGAAUAUCAAGAAAAUGAUGAAAGUGAUAAUGAAAUUAUAGAACAAUCAACUGUGCAGUAUAUUUUAUUUGGAAACGAUCAAUCUGAUUCCGAAUUAACGUUUGAUGAAAUUCACGAAACUCUGCAGAAUUUGAAAUCAGCUGAAUUAAAAUCAUCAAAGAAACAAGUGAACAAAAAAGCCGUUAGAACACAAAAUAAUCAUGAAAAUACUAAAGAAACCGACUAUGAAUCUUCAAGACAUAAAAAUUCCAGUUUGUCUAAGCACAUUUCCAGUACUUUAACAGAGAGGAAGUUAAAUUUAAUGGAUAAUAAACAAGAACUUUUAGAAACGUUUACAAAUUCAGAGACGAAUAUGAUGUCAAAUAGUACAAAUUUAGAUAUAUCUAAUGGUUCCACUGAAUGUAUGUCACCUGAAUCAUCCCAAAUUCAGUGUAAAGCUAAAAGAUCUCGAAAACAGCAGUUAGUUUCUGUAAAUCGUGAAGAUUCGGAAAUUAUAAUCCAACCGGCAUCUUUGUUAAGUGAAGAAGACAAUAAUGUUAGAAAAAGGGGGAAACGAAAAAAGAGAGUGGUAGGUCAUUCUGGGCAUCGGCAAAAAAAUAAUGAAGCGAAAAGAAUGAAAAGAAUCAAACACAAAGAAGUAGAAGUUAUUGAAAUCGAUAUCGACGAAGAGGAAAAUAUGUUGCAAUCAAAAAGAGAUGUUGUUGAAAUAACUAUAGAUGAUAGUAAAGAUAAAUAUUCUAGCGAUAAAGAAAACGAGAUUAUAAUGGUUGGGGAUUCUGAUGACGAAUUACAACAAUCAAAUUCAAAAGCAAUUUUACUGCAAUGCCAACAUUGUUCAAGAAAUUUCAGGCAACAAAGAGCAUUGGAAACUCAUUUGAGAGUUUGCUCAAAAUCACCGUCAAACGCAAUUCGGUUUAGCGAACAGAAGCUACAUGCAAAUGGAACGCAUGAAGAUACGAUUAAGAAACAAUACGCCUGUAAAAUAUGUCAGCAGAAAUUCGAUGUGGUAGUAGCAUUAGCGCGUCACGUACGUUCAGAACAUUCUCAACGGAAAAAACGUAGAUUCAGUAAAUUAUUGGUAGAAUCACCAUCCAUAGAAGUUGAAGAGAAAGAAGAGUAUGUAGAACCAAAAAAAAAACAGUUGACUAUGAUUAAAAAGAUAAAAAGAAAAAGAAGUCAGCGACCUAAUUGUACCUGGGAAGUAAAGAAAUUAAAUUGUUCCGAUUGUGGUAGAUGGUUUCCAAGCAUUGCGUUAUUAAGAGCUCAUUGUUUGCAGCAUGGAACAAAAAAAUCUGAUCAACAGAUACGUAGAUGUCAAGUGUGUAAGAAAUUAAUACGAUCUAGAUUGCUGUUUAUACAGCACUUAAAAAAACAUAGACAUUUACAAAAGAAUAUAAAAUCGGUAGCAAAUAUACAAAAAAAAUUACACACUACCAGGUCAAUGACAGGUAAAAUUACGACACUCAGAAAACGAGGACGACCACGAAAACUUUGAUUCCUUUAGAUAUCGGCACAUAGAAUUUCAAAUAAUCAAUUAUAUGUGGCGAAUGUUGUUAUUAUUUCUUUUAAUGUGAGAUAUGUAUAAUAUGAUGUUCAUACUUCCAAUAAAGAUUGGAAAUAUU